CUUCUGUUUUUGUUAAAAACAUAUCAUAUGUGACCGGACAAGUGAGCGACGAGCCCUCGACGAGGAUGACUCCCGACUGCAUGGACGGAGAAGAUUCCACGGCCCAAGACGACGUGAGGCCUCGGGUGAUGGGUGUGAUCCUGAGCGUCGCCGCUUGCCUCAUCGUCUCCACAAACCUGCUGGUGGCGGCCGCUCUGCUGAAGCUGCUCCUGAAAAAGAGCAGCCAGAGCUGGUGUUUCGUCCUCAACUUGGCACUGGCCGACGCCCUGGUGGGUGUAGCCAUCACCGGCCUGGCGACAGAAGACUUCAACAUCGACGGUGUCCCUCAGAGCCAGCGCAGCCAAGUCACCGCUGACCCUCCCACAAAUGCCACAGCCCCUGCGCACGGGAAGACCCGCUGUUUGAUCCGGAUGGCGUUUGUGAUGUCGCCCUGCACGGCGUCCAUCAUGUCCAUGUUCCUGAUCUCACUGGACCGCUACGCCGCCAUCAAGAUGCCACUGCGGUACUCGCUGCUGUCUGGGAAGGGGACGGCGGUCGGAUCCUUGCUGACUCUGUGGAUUAGCGCCUUCACUGUGGGAUUUAUGCCAGUGAUGGUGUGGCAGCUGCAGUCCGAGGGCUACGACGGAUUUUGUGCCUUCUUCUCUGUCAUUCAUGGCGAGGGCAUCAUCGUCUUGUUCAGCGUGUGCUUCUUCCCUGUGCUCUCUGUUUUCGUCUACAUCUACCUGGACAUCCUGAAAAUCGCCCGCAGCCACCAGAGGCAAAUCCGCCAGGCCCGAGAAGCGGGUUCCAGGACGGCUGAGCACCACGGCAAUCAACAUUAUCAACAGCAUCAGCUCCGAAGUGGUUACUGGAGUCAUGUCAAGGCCCUGAGGAUGGUAGCAGUGCUCGUGGGCUGCUUCUUAGCGCUCUGGUGCCCCUUCUUUUUGACGUGCAUCGUGCACCUUCUGUGUAAAAGCUGCAAACUCACUCAUGUGUUGGAGAACUAUCUUUGGCUGCUCGGACUCUCCAACUCCCUGAUCAACCCCCUGGUGUACGCCUUUUGGCAAAGGGAGGUGCGGCUGCAGUUAGCGGCCAUGUUUACCUGCUGUUCGGACAGGUCGUCAUCGGCUGGACCACCAGGUGUUUCAGGGCGGUAUGACCCUCGGACACCGGUGCAGGAACAGGAUGGUGCUGGUGGGGGAGAUGCCAUUAUCCCGGCAUUGUUGCAGCCAAUUACCUGCAACCAUGAGACUCACGCUGUGGCAUCAUCCACCACGACCAGAUCAUGA